AUCGAUAAUUUUCGAGACAACCCUGAAGCCGAAAACAAGCAGCCACGCUAGAGAAGAAAAUCUAGUGGAAAAUUCUGAAAAAUUGUACUUUGAUAAACGCAAAAGCCAAAAAAGAAGUUCGUAAGUGGUACUGCGAAUUGCGCUGUGCGUCCCCACCACAUUUUGAUUUCUCCAAACGUGCCAGACGCCGAACAGACGACUUUUUUCACGGAGCACCCCGCACAUCAGCGGAAAGAACCAGGGAAUUUUCAAACAUGGCCGAGGACUUUGAUGUGGAGGCGAUGCUUGAGGCGCCGUAUCAGAAAAACAAUGUCAGUGCGGGCAGCGGUGGACGUGGUGGACGCAGGCGCAGCGGCAGCAGUCCCGGCGGAAACGGAGGUCACGACGACGACUAUUCGGAGAAUGGUCCGCGGAACGGCAGCGACAUCCGCACGGGGAGCUCACACAAAAAGCAAAGCAAGCGGUCCCGGAGUAGAAGCGGCUCACGUGACGGCAAAUCCCGGCGAGAUCGCGGCAGUGAACGCAGCAGCCACCGGGACAAGGAUAAAGAGCGCGAGCGACAUCGCGAUGGAAACGAUAGGGAUCGUCACCGCAGAGAAGGUGAACGCGAUCGGGAGCGAGAUCGAGAACGUGAACGCGACAGGAUUCGACGCAGUCGAUCGCGGGAUGAGCGUGGCGACGAUCGUCGCAUACGCUAUGGCGAUCGCGACAGGGACCGCCGCUCGAGAGAUCGUCGCGGUGGCAGCAAGUCCUUGCAGCCGGAUCGAUCCAGGGAUAAACGUCGACGCAGUCGCUCUCGUGAUCAGCGCAAACGGUUGAGUCCGAUUCGUGAACGCAAGCGCAGCCAUUCCCGCUCAAAGGAUCGAAACAGCCGCCGUCGAGGCACCCAUUCGCCACGUCGUCGCUCGCCGGCAAACGGAACUGGCGACCGAACCCCGCCCACCGAACUCAGUCCCGAGGAACGUGACGCCCGCACCGUCUUCUGCAUCCAGCUGUCGCAACGAGUGCGAUCCCGUGAUCUCGAGGAGUUCUUCUCCAGCGUGGGCAAGGUGCGCGACGUGCGCCUGAUCACGUGCAACAAGACAAAGCGCUUCAAGGGCAUCGCCUACAUCGAGUUUGAGGAUCCGGAGUCGGUGGCACUGGCUCUGGGAUUGUCAGGCCAGCGGCUGCUUGGCGUUCCCAUCAUGGUGCAGCACACGCAAGCGGAGAAGAACCGUCUCCAGAAUGCGGCACCCGCAUUCCAACCGAAAAGUCACACAGGUCCCAUGCGCCUCUACGUGGGAUCGCUGCACUUUAACAUCACCGAAGACAUGCUGAGGGGCAUUUUCGAGCCCUUUGGCAAGAUUGAUGCGAUCCAAUUGAUAAUGGAUUCGGAAACAGGUCGAUCCAAGGGAUACGGAUUUAUCACGUACCACAAUGCUGACGAUGCCAAAAAGGCUUUGGAACAACUGAACGGCUUUGAGCUGGCCGGUCGCCUGAUGAAGGUGGGCAAUGUGACGGAGCGUCUGGACAUGAAUACCACCUCACUGGACACGGACGAGAUGGAUCGAACCGGGAUCGAUCUGGGUGCCACGGGGCGCCUGCAGCUGAUGUUUAAGUUGGCUGAGGGAGCCGGAUUGGCGGUGCCACAGGCGGCGGCGAAUGCCCUGCUGGCCACAGCUCCACAACCAGCGCCGGUGCAGCAACAGGAGGCGGCUCCGUCGAUAGCCACGCAGUGCUUCAUACUGUCCAAUAUGUUUGAUCCACGCACCGAGACAAAUCCCACCUGGGACGUGGAGAUCCGGGACGAUGUGCUGGAGGAGUGCGCCAAGCACGGCGGAGUGCUGCACAUCCACGUGGACACCGUUUCGCCAACGGGCACCGUUUACGUCAAGUGUCCGGGAACAACGACUGCGGUCCUGGCGGUGAACGCGCUCCACGGACGCUGGUUUGCCGGACGCGUGAUUACCGCAGCAUAUGUGCCCGUUAUCAACUACCACACCAUGUUUCCGGAUUCCAUCAACGCCGUCAAUCUGGUGCAGUCCACGCGCAAGAACACCGACGAUUGAACAGGAUAACAUGAGUGGACAAAGAUAUUGUUAUUAUUCUUCGUUACAAAAAACUAAUUUUUGGUCAAAACUUUUUCAAUUUUUUUUAAAGACUUUCGACGCAAGCUGAAAAAAACUAGGGGCACAUAUUAAAUUACAAUUAAAUACAUUUAUAAAUAUAUAUGAAUCGAAAAAUUACUUUAACACUUCUCGCCUUCAACUAUCUAUGACCGUGAACUAAUUAUAUUAUAGGCCGCCUGAAAUGCUGCAUGAUCGAAUUACUGAUGGAAAAUUACUUAGUUUUAGUGCUUGAUUUGUAAUUUGCUAGUUUGACCGCCAAAAAUGUAAGGACACUGACCGAUCCAUCGAUAGUUCGCUAGCCCAGAACUUGAUUUUAAAGAACAUUAAUUAUUACAAAAUCACACAUUCGUUAAGACAGCCUAGUUUUACAAUACAUAUACAUAUUUUGUAGAAAAAAAACUAAUCAAAAAUAAAAUACGAAAUCGAAA